AUGGAAAACUUUGUACUAUACGAUGAAAUUUGCUCAUUUGAUGAGCAAGCGAUUUACAAAGCGCGGAGGAAAGGAACUAUUAACUUUUUAGCUAUCUCAUGCAUUGAUAAGAAAAAGAGAACUCACGUAACCAACCAUGUUCGUUUAAUUCGAGCAUUAAAACAUGAAACAAUUUUAAAAUUUUACGAAUGGUACGAGACAAGUAACCAUUUGUGGGUUGUUAUGGAUUUAUGCACUGGGGGAACACUUGAUCGCAUGCUUCGUGAAGAUAAACUAUUUCCUGAAAAUGCGAUUGUGGAAAUCGGUCUUCAACUUGUCUCUGGACUACAGUUUAUUCAUUCAUCGGGAGUCAUUUUUGCUGAUUGGUAUCCAACAAGGAUAUUUCUUGACGGCUAUGGAAAUAUUAAAUACUUUGAUUUCUCCUAUUCUCGUCUUGAGAAUGAAAAGUCUUCAGAUAUACUUUCUUCUACUACAAGUGAAAAUUUUAAUUUUGACGGGCUAUCUCAUUCUGCUCUCGCAUAUACAGCCCCUGAAAUUAUUGGAGGAAUGCGAGCGACUAAAAUAUCUGAUGUCUGGGGUUUGGGUUGUAUUUUCUUUCGUAUGUUCUUCGGUAUCACUCCUUUCUCCUCACAGCUUUCUUCACAUCUUAUAAAUAUGAUUGUAUCUCGAGAUAUUGAAAUUCCCAUUCAAUGUACGCGAGAACCUAGCAAAGAACUAUGGUCGCUUUUAUAUGCGAUGCUUACAAAGGAUCCAAGUAACCGUAUUGUUCUUAAAGAUGUUGCCAAACAUCGCUUUUGGAACCUAAAUUCGCAAUCCGAAAGUGGUAAUCAAAUGACGUUUUCUGAAGACAUUCUUGAUCCCAUCAACAGGCCCAAGUUUACGUCUUCCCAAUCAUCCGAUAUCGAUCUUGCAGACGGAAUGAAUGCGAGAACUCAAACUAUAAUGGAAACUUCUGUUAUGGUAGUGCUUUCAAUGUGUUCACUUAAUCUCUUUGUACGCCAUAAUUUAAUCCAUAUUUUUGGUUUCAAUUCUCAGACUCUUAAACGCUCCGUUUCUAUGGGCGACAACGCUUUGGCCAGUGCUGCGUUACUUCCUAAUAAGACACCCAACAAAAACAGACAGAACUCUUCAGUUACACCUAAAGCGGCAUCCAAAGAAAGACUUGCUCCUACGAAUGCUCCCAAAACACCUUUAGAACUGUCAUCUAUGGGGAAUGGUCAUCCAGUUGGGGAUGCUAACUUCACACUUCAUGCUCAAGCCUGUCCUGUUUCACUGCGACCAGAGAUCUAUGAUCCUAGAAAUCCAAGUAGCGCUAGCAACUUGGCUAGUACCACGGCCAGUAGUAAUGACGAUAUUAGCUGCCGGAGUAAUUCGAAUACUUUUACCUCGCCGGUAGAGUCGAAUAAGAAAGGUUUCUUUGAGUCUAAUGAUAGUCUAUAUGCUCCUCUUUCGCCUAUGCCUACUGAAGACAGAAUGACAAAGAGCGAAUACGUUUUUAGAAAUUCAGAUACCUCUAGCAGGUUUGGAAGUUCCCGUAUUCCCCAUAACUCCGCAGGUGAUACCAAUUCUUCUCUCGUAACUCCACAAACUCGGGCUCGAAUUGCUCUAAUCUAUCCUUGGGGUGAUGACAAUUCAAGUCUUCCACAGGAGUCAAACCUCCUUGCAUCACUUAUCUCUAAUGAUUCAAAUAAACUUUUCGUGUCAAAUGACUUAGAGGAGUUUAGCACAAUUGAUAGUGGGGUGAAUGAUUCAUUUCCACUUAAGUCUCAUCCUACCUAUGUGUCUCAACCUCUUGGUGAUUACAAAAAGUGGGCACAAAGCCAACCUAAAGCAGAUCUCCAAUCCCUUUUUGGCAUCCCGAUUUUAUCCCCAUCAACUGUUGAGGCGUUAAGCAAGGAAGCUAUCAAUAGUCACUCAUCUCAAUUGCUUAAUCUCUUAUCGGAUUUCACGAUAUUUCAAGAUCCAAAGAACCGGCCUUCCAUCUUUCUUAGCUAUGUUGCUUGGUUUCUCGCUGUAACUACCUUAGAAAGCGGGAAAAACGAUGCAGAUAAAAUGUUGAGAAUCAGCUAUUUUUUGUCUGCAGCAUUUUCCUUACUGAAACUCGAUUCAAUAUCCGCUAUUGUGAAAACAUGGCUUUGCAGGAUAAUUGGUUUGCUGGUUUACUGUUCAUCUAUCUUAAUGCAACAUGACUACUCGAAUCAUUUUCUUCAUUCUCUGAUCUCAGAAAUUGCGCCUUUUUUGCCGGCAUUAUUGACAACUCUUGUAGAUAUCCUCCGAGAGCCGGCAUUCAAGGGCGUUUUCCCACUAAAGCAAUCAGGUGUUGCCACGUUGGGGGAGAUUAUAAUCUGUGAAAUGUGCAUUUGCAGUCGGGUACUGCAAGAUCCCGUGGCUUUCAAUGAUCUCAGUCCUCUCGGUUACGAUGUAACGAAGGAUCAAUGGCAAUCAGCUAUUCUUCGAAUUAUCCGUUCACUUUCUCGUGCGGGAACUGCCCCCGGUAGUAAUCAGUACUCUCCUCGUAAUUACUCUAGUCCUGCUUCCGCAAAGAUUUCUGAUAGAAGUAACUCGAGCACAAAGUCAUCAACUUCCUCACCUGCGACUGAAGAUACUGUUCGAUUAGCAGCUGCUAAAACUCUAAAUGAAAUCAUUGUAGUUGCGCUCGGACACAAACUGAUGCGAAUUCUACAGCAUCUGGAUGUACAGAAGUUGGAUAGAGUCCACCCCGGUGUUCAGUUGGCCCUUCGAUUAUCAUCCUCACUCAGUUCGUUCUUCGACUGUCUACUUACUUCUGAAACGAUUAGUCGAGUUUGGUCUGAUGGUAUUAUUAGUUGCGGUGGAACAAGCAACGGUUUGACUGAGGCUAGAACACUUGGUUCUGGUGCACAAAUAAAAAAUUCUUUUGUACAACAAGUUGCUUAUGCAUCUUGCAGUGCUCUAAGUGGUCUAAUUCGAUUACGACCUUCACUCUUUAUGUGCGGUUUGGCUUGUCUACUGUCGGCAACAGCUACAGGUCUACUUCUCCCUCUUGCCUUUCAUAAUAAACCUCUUGGCCAAUCCUUUCUACGCAUCGGGAUGAAAUCAGGAACUCCUGCAGCAUGUAGGCGGUUCCUUACCAACUCGAAGUUCAUGGCCUCAAUAAUGCGACAGUUGGAGUCUCCCCAUGUAAUGCUUCGAGCCAAGUCUUACUUGCUAGUCUCAGCAGCAUUAGAUUCAUCAUCGGGUUGUAGUGAUACAUUGAUUACAGCUUGUGAGGCUCGGCUUCCCUCGUGCCUGGAGAGAGAUCUACGUAUGACAAAUCUGCACUACACUCCUCAAACUACCUACGAUGAUGAUGGAGUGCUAAUUCUUGAAGAAGAACACAAGGACCAUAAAAUUGCCUCCAUGCCUCUGGGAUUGCAAUACCUUGGAAUUUGUGUCAAACAUCUCUCUGAUCUACUGGUUGAAAGCCUUAUUCCUAAUAUCUGCAGUCAGGUUGCCAUAGCAAUUGGAGCAUGUGUUCCACAAUCAGGAACCCGAUCAAAGGCGGUUACAGUUGCAACAUCCAAGACACCGUCAAAAAUGACUCUGAGUACCUAUCAAGAUCGACCAAAGCGGAAUAUAUCAUCAGCUGGAGGUGUUCAUAAACCCGAAGUGGGGCAAACCGCCCGGCAGUCUUCUACCAAUUCAACACAUGGAAUUUCUCUGAAAACUUGUCUUCCCGCCUACUCAUGUCUGCCCGGAAUCCUAGCUUCAUCUGCAUCUAUCAGAAACUUCCUUCUCCUUCCACCCAAAAACUCGAAUCAUGCCUUGAAAGAUGAUGGAUUUUGCUUGAUUCAGUUUCUGGCAAAGAUUAUUGAACAUUGGGCUUCGUCUACCGGUAUUCACCACUCAGGCAGUGCAGAGAGUCAUCUGCUUCGGGUGACCUUGGCCCUGGCAGAGGACAUCAGCCGACUACUUGAGGUCGUGGAGAACCGUCGUGAGGACCUCAUUAAGGCUCUUCUUCCAGCCAUUGCACGUCUUGCCGUUGCUCCCGCCUCGGAUUCAAUUACCCGAACCAUCUGCGUGAAAAUCAUAUUGGAUAUGCGAAACGUGUGGUGUGAUGGCUGUGGCGAUACAGACUCAAUGACCUCUUCUAACAUCAGUCUAAACUACCCUGAGAGCUUUUCAAGCCGCAACCUGGCCUUGGUUCGCUCUCCUCUCUCCAGUGAUCGCCUCAACGCAAAACCCUCCUCUGGUCUCUCAGCGCCCCUGAAACGCACCACCAGUGGCGUGAGUCGUACCCCCUCGCUACGAAGUGGUGCCCAUGGCGGAGAGAAUAGGCGACCCCUCUCGGCAACUGGGUCAUCGUCCUCCUCAGUAAUCCCCACUCCUUCAUCGUCAUCUCGGAUUUCUUCCUGUCGACCAAAUAGCUUCUAUGGAAGGAGCUCGAGCGGUGUGAGCAGUCUUAAAGGGUACAAGUACACGUCGAAUCUCGCAAAUAAUCUCCAGGGCCCUACCCCCGAUGUACUCCUUGCUGUUGUGGAUAUUGUAAAUACUCUUCUCAUCCCUUACGCACCUCCCCUCUUGGAUCUUCGUAAAGCUUCUCCAGCGCCCUUUUUCCUUCGUCUCCUUCUAGAUUGUCUUAAGUCAUCCCCUCCUCCCUUCCUUGAUCCCUCUUUUUUCAAUCCAUGGCGUCUUGUCAACUUGCCCCAUCGUCUUGUCUCCCUCCUUGCCAUGUGUAAUACAGAAUCUCAUCGCUUUUCAAUGCACUCCCUCCUUACUCUGAAUAUUCUCUCCACUCUCUCAACCCAGUGUCCCCAAGAGUCUGGUAUUACUCAACUCUUACUUCAAACUCCAAGUGAUAGUACGAAACCUAAUAUUCUUACAGUUGUGUAUAAUGUAGUCGUCGACAUUGGCAGCGCUCUAAUACGGCGAGAGCGCUAUAAUUCCUCUGGUAGUUCAUUGACCCCAUCAUCAACUUCUAACAUCACCUCGUCGCGAGGAUUUCCCAGCCUGUUUAGGGUCACAAAUGAAACCGUUGGGGUGCAGCAUUUAUUCGUUUCGUUGGAGUUGCUCAAUGGUUUGCUUGAUCUUAUAACGAGUGUGGUGAAGUAUGCCCUUCACUGUCGUCAUGGCAAACCCAUCGUCGAUUUUGUGCAGCAGAGGGAGGGUUCUCAACAGUGCAUCUUUGACGUUUUGCCAAAUAGUCAUGAAGGCAUUUGUUCUGUUGCUGAACGACUUCUCUCUUCAUCUCAACCACCCAAACAUUUACCAGGCAUUCUGGCAUCAAUUCUUGAAGUUUCCUUUGACUCUCCAGGAUUUUUAUGCGGAAGGAAAGAGUUGGAGUUACAGGGAGAAGUAGAGAGCUCUUCAUUACCUGGAAAUCUUGUGGUCCUAUCCCUUAACGCUCUUGCAGGCCUAUCUUCCCUCUAUGGUGGAGCCUACUGUCGAACUGCGCUAUCUGCUGCUGGUUUGCGUGGAAUAACAACGGCGUUGCAGCGAAAUGACAAACGCAAUAACACGAGGCUUCUCUUACGAGUCCUCCGGCGUCUUUGCGAAUCUGAUGAUGUUUGUCUCCAGCGGCUUACUGGCCCCGCAGCUAAACCUCUGAUUUCUGUAAUUUCCAAACUUCGUUGCAUAGAGAAUGGAAAUUCUGGCCGCGGUGAUAGUGAAAGCCAAGAUCCAGUAACAGUUCGACUUGCUCAGGCGCUUACGGAACAGCUCAAACCACGUCCUUGCACUCUAUUUAUUUAG